GCAGCAGCAGCAGCAGCCCCCGCUCUGGCUGGCCUGCCUCGCCGCCUCCCCGCUCCCGGGCAGCGCUUCGCCUCGGUGAUCUGCGGUCGGAGCCGGCUCUUCUCUCCCCCCUCCCUCCCCACCCCCAGUGAGUAACCCUCCCCCCCCUCCCCGUGCCCAUCCCGACUUUCGCCCCACACCCUCACCUCUCUGCGCAUCCCGGUUUUUUGGGCUCCCCCCCUUGAUGCCCCCCAUUUUUCUUAACACCAAGAGGAUGCUUUCCUAGGGGGUCUGCUUUCUGCCUCCAAGUCUGUGCUAUUGGGGUGGGGGGAGGUGGGGGGGGCAAGAAUUGCGCAUGCCAGGUGCAAGUCAGUCGAGGCCCCUCCCCAAUACACGGGCUGCACUCUGUAUGUGUUUGUGCCUGGGGUAAAUUUUAAGGUUGGGGAAGAAAAUCUGCUUGUUUCCCCUGUAACUUAGAACUCUCCUUGACCUGGCUUAGAGAAAGAUAAGCAUUUGGUGUUCUCUCUCUCUCUCUCUCUCUGGGGGGGGGGUCACCUAGGCUUGGGGAGUGCAGCUGGAGGAUGUGUGCAGGGGAGGCUAGAGGCAGUCGGCUCUUAAAGUAACCAUGUCGCCAAACCCCCUUCCUUCCCUGGCCCCCGCCCCCACUUUGCCUCGGAUUUGCUCCUUCCUUCCUGUCCUUUCCUGAAAGAACCCCAAACUAGUAAGCCCAGAUCCUUCCUUCUCUCCCUCCCUUCCCCCUCCCUCCCCCCUCCCUCCCUCCAGCCGCAAAAUCAACAGGCAGAGAAGGGGCGGAGGCAGUGGGUGCACUGAGCCGUGAGCGAUGGAUAUUCUGUGCCCCUUGCUCCGGCUUCUGCUCGCUCUCUUGUGGACUGGGGCAGGAGCCCUCAUCAACCUCAAGUACUCGGUGGAGGAGGAGCAGAGAGCCGGCACCGUCAUUGCCAACAUAGCCAAAGAUGCACGAGACGCUGGCUUUGUGCUGGACCCCCGGCAGCCCACUGCCUUCCGGGUGGUCUCCAACUCGGCGCCACACCUGGUGGACAUCAACCCUGGGUCGGGGUUACUGGUGACCAAGCAGAAGAUCGACCGGGACCUACUUUGCAGGCAGAGCCCCAAGUGCGUGAUCUCGCUGGAGGUCAUGUCCAGCUCCAUGGAGAUCUGUGUUGUCAAGCUGGAGAUCAAGGACCUCAACGACAACGCCCCCAGCUUCCCCACUGACCAGAUUGCACUGGAGAUCUCUGAGACGGCCAGCCCGGGGACCAGGGUUCCGUUGGAGAGUGCCUAUGAUCCUGACUCGGGCAGUUUUGGAGUGCAGAGCUAUGAGAUCACGCCCAAUGACCUCUUUGGGUUGGAGACCAAGACGCGUGGAGAUGGGUCCCGCUUUGCCGAGCUGGUGGUGGAAAAGAGCCUGGAUCGUGAGACCCAGUCACAUUACAGUUACAUGAUCACAGCUUUGGAUGGUGGUGACCCACCCAAUUUUGGCACAGUGGAGUUGAACAUCAGGGUCAUUGACUCCAAUGACAACAACCCGCUCUUUGAAGAGCCGUCCUUCACUGUCAGCGUGCCGGAGAACGCUCCCCCUGGCACACCCGUGAUCCGCCUCAAUGCCACGGACCCUGACGAGGGCACCAAUGGGCAAGUGCUCUAUUCCAUCCACAGCUUUGUGUCCGAGAAGGCCAGGGACCUCUUCCAGAUCAACCCCCAAACAGGCCUGAUCACCGUGAGCGGUGCCAUUGACUAUGAGGAAGGCCAUGCCUAUGAACUGGAUGUGCAGGCCAAAGAUCUCGGCCCCAAUUCCAUUCCUGCGCACUGCAAGGUGACAGUCACUGUGCAAGACGCCAACGACAACCCGCCUCUCAUUAAUUUGCUCUCUGUCAACAGUGAGCUGGUGGAGGUCAGUGAGAAUGCCCCGCCUGGCUACGUGAUUGCCCUGGUGAGGGUCUCGGACCGUGACUCUGGUGCCAACGGCAGGGUGCAGUGCAAGUUGCUGGGCAGUGUUCCCUUCCGCUUGCAGGAGUACGAGAGCUUCUCCACCAUCCUGGUGGAUGGGCGUCUGGACAGGGAGCAGAGGGACCAGUACAACCUGACCAUCCAGGCUAAGGACAACGGGAUUCCCUCCUUGCAGGCCACUAAGUCCUUCACCGUCAAGAUCACGGACGAGAAUGACAACCACCCCCACUUCUCCAAACCUUACUACCAAGUCAUUGUGCAGGAGAACAACACCCCUGGGGCCUACCUCCUUUCUGUUUCUGCUAGGGACCCUGAUCUAGGCCUUAAUGGCAGCGUUUCCUAUCAGAUCGUGCCCUCCCAAGUCAGGGACAUGCCUGUCUUCACUUAUGUCUCUAUCAACCCCAAUUCGGGAGACGUGUAUGCCUUGAGAUCCUUCAACCAUGAGCAAACUAAAUCCUUUGAGUUCAAGGUCUUGGCCAAAGAUGGAGGCAACCCCUCCUUGCAAAGUAACGCCACCAUCCGAGUGAUUGUCUUGGAUGUCAAUGACAACACCCCCGUGAUCACCGCCCCUCCUCUGGUCAAUGGGACUGCAGAAGUCUACAUCCCCAGGAAUGCUGGGGUCAACUACUUGGUCACUGUGGUCAAGGCGGAUGACUACGAUGAAGGGGAGAAUGGGAGACUCUCUUAUGAGAUGGCAGAAGGGGAUAGAGGAUUUUUUGAGAUCGACCAGCUCAGUGGAGAGAUAAGGACCACCAGAGCAUUUGGGGAGAAUUCAAAGACUACGUAUGAGCUGAUUGUGGUGGCCCAUGACCAUGGGAAAACCUCUCUCUCGGCUUCUGCCUUGAUUUUGAUCUAUCUUUCUCCAGCCUUGGAUGCCCAGGAAUCCAUAGGAUCUGUUAACUUGUCUCUGAUUUUUAUUAUUGCCCUGGGUUCUAUCGCUGCCAUUCUGUUUGUCACCAUGAUCUUUGUAGCAGUAAAGUGUAAACGGGAUAACAAAGAAAUCAGGACCUACAAUUGCAGAAUUGCAGAGUACUCCUAUGGGCAUCAAAAGAAAUCUAACAAGAAGAAGAAAAUCAGCAAGAACGACAUCCGCCUGGUGCCUCGGGAUGUAGAGGAGACGGACAAAAUGAACGUUGUGAGUUGUUCCUCCCUCACGUCCUCGCUCAAUUACUUUGACUAUCACCAGCAGACUUUGCCUCUGGGUUGCCGGCGCUCUGAAAGUACCUUCCUCAAUGUGGAGAACCAGAACAACCGGAAUGCCGGGUCCAACCACAUCUACCAACACACCUUCACUGGGCAGGCACCGCAACAGCCGGAUCUCAUCAUCAAUGGGAUGCCACUUCCAGAGACUGAAAACUACUCAUUUGAUUCCAACUAUGUGAACAGUAGAGCUCAUUUAAUAAAAAGCAGCUCUACAUUCAAGGACUUGGAGGGGAACAGCCUGAAGGACAGCGGGCAUGAGGAGAGUGACCAGACAGAUAGUGAACACGAUGUCCAGCGUGGCCUGUACUGUGACACGGCUGUUAACAAUGUGUUGAAUACCAGUGUCACCUCCAUGGGGUCUCAGAUGCCGGAACAAGAUCAGGGCGAGGGCUUCCAUUGCCGGGAAGAGUGCCGUAUCCUUGGCCAUUCAGACCGCUGCUGGAUGCCCCGGAACCCCGUCCCGAGCCGUGCCAAGUCCCCCGAACAUGGCCGGAACGUGAUGUCCCUCUCGAUAGAAGCGACGGCGGUGGAUACAGAGCUUUACGAAGACUGUAGCACAAAGAGAACUUUUGCGACCUUUGGCAAGGACGGGAGCGAACCUCUUCCUGAGGAGCGGGGCCCAGUCAACCCGAAGGGCAAACGGACAGUGGAGCCGUCCCUCUGCAGCCCGAAGGUCAACGGCACCGUCCGGGAGGCGGGCAACGGCUGCGAAGCAGUCAGCCCUGUCACGUCGCCCGUCCACCUGAAGAGCCCCUUGUCUAGCAAACCGUCGGUGUCCUACAACACCAUGCACUGCCCGGCCAAUCGCGACCUGGAGCCGUUUGUGAACAAUGGCCCUUCGCGGCCCAUGGAGGCAGAGCCGCGGGGCGCAGACAGUGAGAACAUAAUGCAUGAGAUUAACCCUCUUCUGCAAGAAUGUAGAGAGAAAGACUCGCCCAGCGUGAAGCGGCUAAAAGACAUAGUCCUCUAAGCGGCGGAGGGAGGCAAGCGACACUCCCGGACGUGUGUAUUUUCUUUUUAACAUCUUGCCCAUGGUUCACAAAUUUUGCUGUAUCUAAAAGCUUUCCCUCAAUGUAUUGUUUAUCAAUGAAGCUGUUGUUACUGUGACAAUCCCACUUGAACAGGCGGCAGGGGUGUGGUGUGCCCGAGCAAACCGGUGUGGUUAUUUUUCUUUCCUGUUUCCUGUGCGGCGGGUUCGGGGUGGGCGGGGUGGGUGUGGCACGUUGGCAGUUCGGUUGACGGAAGUAUUAUCUACGAUGUAUUUUGAAUUUCUCUAUUUUUGUAACUCAAAAUCUCUAAUGUGAAAAUCCGUUCUUUGUGAAAUUGAAUCUUAACACAAAAGAAAGUUCUCAUUUCUGGUAACAUCCAAUACAGGGCUGCACAACUUUGCCCUGCCCGCUGUUUUUGGACGACAACUCCCAUCAUCCCUAGCUACAUCCCCAAUAAUCAGGGAAGAUGGGAAUUGAAAUCCAACAUCUGCAACAUUGUGCCACCCUGCUGCAGUACUUGUCUCGACAUGCCUCCAAUGUAGACCCUGGAAUGAGCAUCCAGGGUGACUCGGGAACACUCGGAAGACCUGAAGCUCAAGGUGGGACUGCCCCAUCCUCCACGCUCACCAUCUCCACAUGUACAUCACAGCCCCGGGGAGUUAUGGCUUGUGGUGAGUGAGUUUUCUUCUUCACUCCUCAACCAGAGCCUGAUUUGUACUCUUAAGAUGUUGCUAUUUUGCUAGGAACACCUCUGCCUUCGGAGUCUCUUUGCUGCCACAUGCUUAUCUGUACUAUUAUCGUAUUUGAUAUUGCAAAUUCCUGUAUGUCUAGUGAUGGAAAAGGCUUUCAAGUUUAUUGGUUUCUUCUUCUUCUUUCCCCUACCCCCCCCCCAAAUAAUAAUCUAAAACUCGGAGAAAUUACAAAAUGUAGAGCCAAUCUUGUCAGAGCUUCUUGUUAUUUUGCUGGAUGAUUCUCCCAUGUUUCUUUCUCUGCUGCCGGGAGACAGUUCUUCCCCAGGUCUUUUAGGGGUCAGACUAGCAUCUCAUUUGCACUUGUUAGACGCACCGUACUAAAAUUUUUAUGAGAUCAAUUUCUUUUUCUUUCCCCCCUGCAAUCUCAUGGAAAGAUGUGGCCUUGUUUCUCCGGCACCGCUCUUGGUUCCCAGGUAUAGAUCCAGAUAUAUUUAUCUGGAAGCCAGGCCAAUGGAAAUAGCUGAGGCCUGAUUGAUAUGUGCUGUGGGUCCCUGGCUUAUGGAAGCAUCCCAUGUGCUCCCAGUCGUGUUUGAAAGCACUUUCCACAUAUGGCAGUGAGCCACAUGUGGCAGGGGAACCAUUCGUGGGCCAGGUGCCAAUGGUAUGCCAACACUGCUCAUGAAUGAACCACAUGCAUUUAAGCAUGACAGGGCACAUGCAGGGUGCUUCUGGAGGUAAGGAACUUUACCUGUGGCCAGGGAUCCACCAAUAUAGGCUCCGCUCACUCGCCAGCCAUGAUUUGUGGUGACCACCGAUCCUUUCUCUUCCCUCAGAUCUUUUCCUGGCACACCAGCAGCGGGCUUAGGAGAGAAAUGACAGGAAUGGCUUCUGUCCUUUGCCCUGGGAGAGAGAGAUGGUCAGAAAGAGAGGGAGCCCCGAUCUCCUGCUGCUCAGAAGGGUUUCCUGCUGUUUCUUACCUUUGCAAAGAUGGCAGUGGGGAGGAGUCCUGUGGGGCGUAGACCUGUAUGGUCCCCUGCAGGGGUGUAGACUUCUCAAUUUCCCCUGGGGGGGCGGCGGGCAUGGGGCACAUGGAAGGAGAGGUCUUGUGGUAGCAAGCAUGAAUUCUCCCCUUUGCUAAGCAGGGUCUGCCCUGGUUUGCAUUGAAUGGGAGACUACAUGUGAGCACUGUAAGAUAUCCCCCUGAGGGGAUGGGGUUGCUCUGGGCACAGCACCCGCAUGCAUAGAGCACCACCAGCUUUGCUCCUUGUUCUAUUACUUCUAAUCAGAGAAUUGUAGAGCGAAGGGGCCCCGAGAGCAGCCAUGCCUCCUGAGAACUUGCUGAGCUGCUACAAAGACACCACAGGCCUGACUAUCUUGUUCAGCUGACUGAUGAACCUGAGCAGGAGAGCUUGCUGAUGCUACCUGGCAGCCAGCGGCAGUGGGGUGGGUGGGCAGGGGGGCGGGGAGGCAGCACUGCCUCUCCCAGGAAAGUCCGGAGGGGUCUUGAGCUCCCACAAAGUUUACACCCCUAGUCCCUGGGCUUCCUCUCACUGCCGAGCUGGCAAGUGGAUUUAUCGAUCUCUGCCCAUGGCCCACAUCCCGUGUAAACAGGGCCCGGGGUUACAAGUUUGCAUUUCCCUUGGCUGCAUUGUUCCUAAGCCAGCUUUUGCUAAUCCUAAUCAGAGGGGCACCUUGUGGCUCUUUGUCCAUAGGGUUAGUCCUGGUUUCCCUAAACUUCUGAUGCACAAAACACGCUUGGUUUUUGUUUGUGUUGGGUGUGAAUUAAAAUUGGACCCCAUUCCUCGCUCUCACACCCCAAAAGAUCCACGUUUGGCAGAGAAAGAGGAUGCUACCCGGACUCUCUCUUCUGGGCAUGGUUCCUGAUUGGGAGGAGCUGAGCCCGGGAGCAGGGACUCCAGCAGCGAUGCAGUGGGGAACGGGUUCCUCUUGGCUCUCUGCAUUGGCAUUGAUGGGUUGAGCCGAGCCCACCCGCUGCAGAAACAUGAGAGAAGGAAGCUGGAGGACGUCAGAGAGAUCAGUCCUGCAGCGGUGUGGGGCGCAAUGCAUAAGCCCUUUGGGCUCACGGAGCCUUUAAUUAUUUCUUGAGUUGGUUUCUUGUGGCCACUAGCAGUCCUCUCCUGGCGUCUCAAAGGGUUAGGGAGUUUUUGAACUUUCUAGAUGACCAGCUUGCCAUGACCAGUGGGGGAAAGAAGGAAGCAAGCACCUGGACGUGGAGCAGUUGGGUGAACCAUCCCUUGGCAGAUGAGAGCACAAAAAUGUGAGUAGGAUCCAAAGAGCACGUAGAGAAGGAAGGCACCUGCUCAUGCUGCUUCACACAGGCUUGUGCAAGAGCUUGUCUGGGAAUUCCUGCAGGGCUCUAUUUGGUAUAGGGGAUGGAGCUGUACUUCACUUUCCUAGGAACAGAGGAAGCUGCCUUAUACCGAGUCAGACCAUUGGUCCAUCUCGCUCAGGAUUCUUGACACUGACUGGCAGUGGCUCUCCAGGGUUUCAGACCAGAGUCUUUCCCAGCUGGAGAUGCUUCCAGGGAUUGAACCUGGGACCUUCUGCAUGCAAAGCUGACGCUCUACCACUGAGCUGUAGCCCCAUCCAUAACAAUGGCUUACAUAGAUCUCCCAAGCAGGCACUGACCACACCAAGACCUGUUGAGUUUCAUCAAGGUGGCUGGCUGGUGUGCCCUUCGACUAUGCUCUGGGAACUAGAAUCUUUGUCAUGCAAAAUUCCAGUGAGCCCUCCUGUGAGAGGAAGACACCUUCUGUGUGUGUGUGAGCAGAAGGGCACCUUUGGAUCCAAUCCGUUGUGUCUCUGUCUGUGCAUGCUCACUGGGUAAGUUUUCAAGGGUCUCUGCUCCUUCUGCUUCCUCUGUGAAGGAGAGAGAGAGAGUAAGCAAUAGAAAAUGUAUAUUGAAGAACAACAGACAGACAAACAGACAGGUAAACGACAAUGUUGUUCCUUUGAAUGUGCCUUCCGUUCGAAGAAAACAGAUCAUUAUUUUCUCCCAUAACUGUUAUCUGUUUUGCACGGCUACACAUUUGUACAUCUGCUAUUGUGGGUUUUUCCUCCCACAAAGAUAUUAGACCCCCUCCCAUAAGAUAAUUUUUUAUAAAAGGAGAGACACAUUUCACUAAAAUGAAUAGGAACACCCCCCCCCCACACACACUGGAUAAUUUCUCAGACUGUUGUGAUUGUUCUUGUUAUUAACCCUACAUUUGAUAGAUUUUUUUCUGCCCUGGAACCUGCUCAUUAGGGCCCCUGAGAGCUCAGAGAUCACUAGGAAGGAAAUAUAUUGCUGUUUCAACACUUGCUCUGCCAAUCAGCAGAAAAUAAUGGUUUCUAGAGAAACAAUCUUCUUGGCGCCAACCUAUCUUGAUAAAAUUUUUUAGUCACUUUUGAUUUAUUUAAAUUAAAAAAUGGUGGCAGGAAAACAGCUUUUGCUCUUUAUCGUCCUAGAAAUCAAAUAAGCUGGAGUAAUUUUUUUUUCCCUGAGAAAAAAAAGUGGAGAAAAUGGAUCUGGCUCGGCAGUCUGGUGUUUGUGUGUGCAGUUCUUUAAUUUAUGGAUUGCCAGGAUGUUUUAUUUGUGCAGUAAUUUGAAUGCCUUCUUUUUGUUUUGAAGAAAAGGAGUUUGCUAGGAAAGCACGCCUGCUUUAAUAGCUGUAAAUUACUGGCCCCUGGAUGGAAAGGCAAGUCAGAGGUGCCACGGGCGGGCGCCGGGGAGACAAAGGUCAGUGGGAUGCCGGGGAAGCAAGCAAAGGAAGUGCUCACUGGCUGGGAGAGGAGGACAGGCAACUACCUUGCCCAGCUGGCCACCAGCCUUCUCACCAGCUGGGUGCUUCUUUUCUCUCCCUCCCUCCUAGAAAAGGAGAGGAAGGAAUCACCUGGCUUGCGAACAAACCGCUUGCCAGCUGGGAGAGGGUGAGAGGCAGUGCAUCCGUGCACCAGUGCUGACCAUGCCUCUGAUGCUGCCUCCUCAAGGGUAGGGUUGGCAUGGCGGGGGGUCCUGCCAAGGCAGGUGGUGGAUUGAACGAUCAUGUGUGACGCUAGUGGGAGCCGGAGCUCUCUUCUCCAAGACACACACCUGACUGCAGGGGGCAGACAGCAUGGACCAACACUGGUCUGGACCACACAAGAGCACAUUGCGGGAUGUUGCACAGAAAGCUAUAAAUAUGUUCUACCAGCUCCGUCCUUUUUAGCAACGCCAUUCCUGAAAACCCUCCAAAUGCCAUUUCAAAGGCUGGCUUCCAUCUUUGGGGUCCUCUCUAUCAGAUAGAUGGGCCAGGCUCUAGCUAGGCAGAGCCUUAGCACUUGCACAUCAUGAUGGCUGGUGCCCUUGCCUUGGAUGGUCCCAGUCACCUGUUUGGGGUGGGUGGGAGACUUUCUGCUCUUCCUUCAGCACCAUCAGUGCCAACUGUGUCUGCCACCCUCUUAAUUGUGGCUGCACUCAUCAGGGAUGAUGCAGUGAGCAGGGAUUUUUCCACAAGAAAAAUGUGAGCCACACGCCUACCAAAGUGGGAGCCACUCACAUAAAUUCACACGCCUCAAUUUAGCCAUUUUCUUUCAGGGCUCUAAUGCACAUAGGAAGCCCCCCACCAGCACAGCAAGGGAUUCCUCAUUCACUUCCGUGGAAGGCAUAACUUUGUGUCGGCCAAUUCCUUUGGAAUGAAUGAGCCAGCUGCUGCUGCAUACAGGAGCUCCGCAUGUACACUGGAGAGCGUGCAGCGCUCUGGACUCCGGUGUCUGCGUCUCACUUGAACCAUCCAUGCUGUUAUUGGAGGCAGGACGACAAGUGUCUUUUACCAGUUCCAUUUCCCUGUCAUUUCAAUGGAGGAGUGUUAUUUUAACAUUCUGGUUCAGCUUCCUCCCCCCCACCUACAAAAUCUUUCCAGCUGUCACAUUUACUUUGCUUACCUAUUGAAUCAGGUUAGUAUUUUCUGCCAGGUAUAAUAAGGAUUUGAUUUCCAGCAAUGCUGGAAAUAUGCGCAGUUGUAAUCUAAUCAAUGCCUAUUCUUUGAAAAUCCAGCUCCAAAGAUAGUAUAACAUGAAUGAAAUUAUGGAUUGCUCUUUCCAGAAAAAAACAAAACCUUAUUCUUUGCCUAUCCAAUGCACCAAACCUGUCAAAUUGUAUUUUUUCCUCCCAUGAAAACCCAGGGUUUUUUUGGUUUGAGUAAAAUUGACAAAGAUGGUGGCCUUUGAAGGGUUGGUAAAAUGCAAUCGGUGGUGGGACUGAGCAUGAGCAUUUAAUGUAUUUUCAAGACAAAGCUAUUGCUGCCCCCCCAACAAUUUAUUGUGAAGCUGGAAAAGUGAAUUACGUUUAGCAUUCCCCGCCCCCCACUCCUAGUAAACAAGUUGUUAAGAACACAUUCUCCUAUUAAUAUGUUGAGAUUACUCUUGGAGAGGAAAAAAACAAGAAAGAAACUAUUUACAAAUGGAAACUCAUUUGUCGAUCAAUGGGGAGAAUUGAUUAUCGUGUUAGUACGGCUGCGUUUGCAGCUUUUGAUAAUCCUUGACCCAGUGUUCAAGUUGUGUUAACUUUAGCGGAGGAACCCAACAAAUGUUGCCGUGGUAUUGGUGAAAAAUGGAUUUGUUACUGGCAUCAGCUGAUGUUCAGCUGAUUCAAGCUGGGAUCUUGUAAUCUUUAUGACAAAGAAUUUGCCUGGCGCAAGUUUUUCCAGCAACGGAGGGCGCUAAUCAAAUGCGAAAAGCCUCAACAAGCAGAGUCCUUCAGCAACAGCUAGGUGAAAAAGAGACACAUCCUGGUGAUAUAGACACUGUUUUACCUGCAAAACGGAGGAAAAAGAUUUCUGUGGAAUUUGAAUACUUGUGGUUUCCUCGCGGUCGUCCCUGUUGCUGGUAAUACGAAGAGCAAAACUUGUUGUAUAUGCUGAUCUGUAUGUUAUGUACAUUUUCACAGUGAUUGAAUCAUUGUAAACAGGGGAAAAAAAGAAAAAAAAAGAAUCACCAUGUGGUCUAUUUUAUGAAGAUGAUAAAGCAGCUUUAUUAAAUUAUUACAACUCCGUUUCAAAAGAAUGGUGUACCUGCCACGUAGUUUUUGUUCUUUAAAAAAAAAAAAACUGAUGCAAACUUUGUUUUCCCCACUUUGAUGUGAUUUUUAUUUCUCUGCUUCAAGGAUCUAAUGCAUUUUAGUAUUAAAGGCAAUUAUUGAAUAAAAAUGGAAAAUAAGUGUUUGGUUAAA